CAAACCUCCCCCCCCCCCCCCCCCACCACUUCCCACCGUGCAAGUGGCCUCGCGUCUCGUGUCUCCGUCUCCCGCCGAGGCAGGCAGCAACCAUGAUAUCCCCGCGCCCCGCGCUGUCCUCCUCCAGCUUCCUCGCGUUCCGUCCCGCGGCGGCGUCGCCCACGACGAACCCCUCGCCGCCGCCCUCCCCGCGCCUCCACGCCGCGCCGCCGCCGCUCUCGGCCUCCUUCUCCCCGUCGACCUCCGUCGUCGCGCCGGACCACGUGGCCGCCGCCGCCGCCGCCUCGUUCUACGACGUCCUCGGCCUCCACGCGGGGGCCAGCGCGCGGGAGAUCAAGGACGCGUACCGCCGCCUCGCACGCGCCGUCCACCCGGACGCCUCCCCGCACCCCGCCGCCGCGUCCUCCGACGACUUCAUCCGCGUCCACGCCGCCUACUCCACCCUCUCCGACCCCGACAAGCGCGCCGACUACGACCGCCGCCUCCUCCUCCUCGCCGCCGGGCGCCGCCGCGCCACCCCGUCCCUCGGCCGCUCGCCGACGUUCCCCGCGCGCCGCCGCCGCACGUGGGAGACCGACCAGUGCUGGUGAGGUGAACAACCACCCGCCCGUGUUCCGACGAGCUACACAGAAGCGUCCAAUUCGUUGGGAGACGCAAAGAUUCCGGCAGCCACUAGGCACGCACACUAGCUUAGCUUGUGGCAGCGCACUACGCUUCUAGAAGAAAUGGCCCUUUACUGGUCUUUCACGUCUCGUUGUGAACUUGUAAAAGGAAAAUGUAUGGUGCGCGUGACGUUCGUCUAGCUUGGAAGUGUCCGCACGUAUGACCUGGUGCGCGGUGCUUGAUAGCAUAGGUUAACUUAUACUAGUCCGGAGAUAAGGCUGAGAGCCACAACAAUAAUGGAGCAGAGACCAGGAAGAUAGUGAUUUGUAUGUCUCCUUGCAUACUCUUCUUCUUCUUCAGUGUGUGGUGAAUGCAGAUGGUGUGGGCAGUUUGUGGACUCUGAAUGGUUCUAUAGUUGGAGUUUUUCUUUGAGAGGAAGGCACCAGAUUAUCCCAUUUCUAAGUCGUCAUACCAGACUUUAAUAUAUAUAUGAACAUGCUAGAAGUUGAUUCUUCCUU